ACAAUCACUGCUCAAAUCGGUUCGAUUGAACCACUGACGGGCUCUAACUUCCCAAGCUGGAAGAGCAGCCUACUGAUCGUACUCGGCAUGAAUGAUCUUGAUUAUGCGCUAAGGGUUGAAGAACUCAAGGCACCUGAGGCCGGGGCAGAAGAUUAUGAGGCACUAAGGUCACAUACCUUGCAAAUUCUGAAAAGUGGGAGUGGUCUAACCGUCUCUCUGGACAGAUCAUGAAGAAUUCCAUCUCUGAGGGCAUUAGGAGAGCAAUCCCUGAUAAUGAAAAUGCAAAGAGUUACUUGGAAUCUGUGGAGGAGCACUAUAAAGGAACCUCAAAGUUUUAUGCUGCUACACUCAUGCAAAAGCUCCAUAAUGCCAGGUAUGAUUUAAGCAAGGGAAGUGUAAGGGAGCACAUUAUGCAAAUCAUUGAUGCGGGCACACAGCUAAAGAAAAUGAAGGCUGGAAUGGAUGAUGACUUCCUUGUUCAUUACGUUCUGGCAUCUCUACCUCAUGAAUUUGAGGCAUUCAAGUGCAACUAUCGCACCACGAAGGAAAAGUGGAGCAUUAGUGAUCUGAUUGCCAUGUGUGUCCAGGAGGAGGAAAGGAUUAAUGCUGAGAGAAGAGAUGUGGUCAACCAAGUUGGCUCCUUUUCCAAGAAGAAUCAAGGAGGUAAUAGAGGCAGGAAGAGGAACAACACUUAUGCUCCGUACAAGAAGCCACAACAGAGUUCCCGUCCUGCCUGGAAUGCCUAUAAUCGCCCUCCUCAGCACUCCCGUGGUGCCUCAGGAUCUGCCUCAGGACCAUCUUCUGGUGAGAAGGACGAAGGGUGCCAUUUCUGUAAGCAGGAAGGACAUUACAGGGAUGACUGCCCAGGUUGGCUGAAAUGGCUAGCCAAGCGCGGGAUACCGUACAUCAGUAAGGCUGACAGGAAGGGAAAGAAGCCUUCGAGUGGCUAAUGGUGUUGAAGUCGGCGUUGAAGCUAUAGGACUAGUUCCUUUAGUUUUAAAUAAUGGUUUUGUAAUUGAACUUAAGAAUGUUUUUUAUGUUCCCUCUGUCAAGCGAAAUUUAAUUUCUGUUACCUUAUUAGAUAAUGAUGGAUAUUCAUGCAAUUUUGGUGAUGGGAAAUGUUUGAUUUUGUUUAAUAAUAAUGUUGUGGGUCAUGCCUUCCGACAUGACAAG